AUGCAGUUCUCUACUCUCCUACUCUCGGCCUCGCUGCUGAUUUCGUCGGUGGUGGGUGCACCCAUGGCGAGCUUUGGCGGUGCUUCGGAGGCCGAGAUGAUGCUCAAGCGUCAGUACGAAGCGACGCAGUGGGACAACAUCAUGCUUGGUCGCGACACGAUGGUCGAGCUCGAAAAGCGCAUCGUGUACAACCCUCACAUCACCUCGCCCACCUCCAACACGGUCUGGACGGCUGGCGAGACGGUUCAGGUCACAUGGGACGCCUCGGACCUCCCGCAGGAAGCCGAAAACUACACCGGAAACAUCAAGCUCGGCUUCCUCCCCGCAAACGGCGAGGGCGGUUACAACCUCAAGUGGCAACUCGCCCAAGGAUUCCUCAUCCGUGACGAAGAGGCUACCAUCACCCUGCCUGCUGAUCUCCAGUCGAGGAACGACUAUAUCGUCGUCGUCAUGGGCGAUUCGGGUAACAAGUCGCAAAAGUUCACCAUCAAGGCUAAAGGCCAACAGUCGCUCAAGGACGUCAUUGAUGCAAAGAUCGACGCCGCCUUCGAAAAGGCCGGCAUGUAA